CUCGGUUUUGUGUUUUCUGGGACGCACUGUAUUUACCGGCGGCAGCCAUUUGCGUACUUUGAGACACCGUACUAGUUGCUUACCUCGGAAUUCCAAGAAUUAGAGUUGUCCGCUAAGUUCGAAUUCUAAUCGGAGAACUUGUUUUACCUGAGGAGAAAAGGGAGGAGGAAAAGUGAGAGUCCAGUAGAUGUGGAUUGAAGCUAGGAUGCGAUGUGUGACCCGUUCCAGCCUCCAGCCAUGUCCGGUGAGAUCUUCCAGCCCCUAGAGACCUUCGAGGAGCAGGUGGAGUCCGGGCGCGGCCCCCUGACGUGUCGGCUCUGCACCCAGCAGUACGAGGACCCCCGCAUCCUCAACUGCCAUCAUGUCUUCUGCGGUAACUGCCUGCGUGGGAGGGCCGUCGAUGGCUUCAUGACGUGCCCCCUGUGUGGCACCCGUAGCUUUCUCACCAAUGGUUCUAACCUGCCACAAGCUGACCCUGUCAUCAACUUCCUUCUCAAGUCAUCUGAACAAGAGAGGGCACUGUGUGCCAACUGCGACACCAUGCAAUCUUCAAUGUUCUUCUGCAAUACAUGUAACCAGGCACUUUGUGCAUUGUGCAAAGAGGAAACUCACAUGGCCAAGAUGUUUGCCUCCCAUCAAGUGGUUUCUCUCAAGAAACGCACGAGCGAACAGCACAGGAAAUGUGCCAAACACAAUGAUGAGUACAUCAUGUAUUCUACAGAAAAACAGGAGCUGCUGUGCAUCAAGUGUUUCAGAGAUUUUGAAAAGGAUGACAGAGCCUUCUGCCUUGAUCUCGAGUCGGCCUACAAGCAGAGCUGCCGUCAGCUGGAAGAGCGCAUCUCAACGAUCCGAGACCUCCAGAGCUCCGUCCACGAUGCGAUCAUCCUCUUCCAGGCCCUGAUGCAGGAGGUGAGGAGCAACGGGGAGAAGGAGCGGGUCUCCAUCCAGGAGCUUUGUGCUGAGAUGCAGGAGAGGAUGGUGGAGAAGAAGGAGGAGCUACUGAAGGAUGUUGACAGCCAACAACUUCAGAAGGAGCAAGCGUUCAAGGACCAGCUCCCCAGUCUAGCUGCCUUGCUGCCUGCUCUCCAGACAAACCUUGCCAUCAGUACCAUGUUUGUGAGCGGUGCCAACAUGUACGAGUUCCUGGAUCUUAGCUCAUCCUUGAACGAGAGACUGGCAUCCAUCGCCAACCAACCCCAUCAGCUCCGGCCCCAGGAGAGCGGGGAGAUCAGUACCGACUACGAGGCCAAGUUCGCUCGGUGUCUCCAGCCACUGCUGCAUAUCCACCUGGACAACUGCGACGACUGCGGGAGCAGCUCGCCCAUCAUCCACGUUUCCAUGCCAACGACGAGCGCCCCAUCACCGCAGCAGCAGCCCCCAGCGAGGAGAGAGCACCCGGCCCCACAACCCCUGUCCAGCGCAUACAUCUCUAGUGCCCUCGCUCGCCACCUGUCCUUGACGAACACCCUCCAGGAUCCUCUGGCGGGGAAGGGGCUGAGAAGGGGCAGCAAGAUGGCGGCCAGCAUCAGACAUCGCUUGCAGGAGGGCAACGGACCCUUCGUAGAACACUGCAAGGCCUUCGAAGCAAACUUCAGGUUGCUUCAGCAUCGUAUCCAGAAGAUGAAAGAGCAAGUUCAAGAAAUUCACAGGGAUAUCACACGCAGGAAAUGCCUGGCAAAGAAAGAGAAGGUGACGGAUGUUCUGGAUGAAUGCAGUCAGGUUGAAAUCCAGAUCGGUACACAUACUGCUACGCUGGAACACAUGAAGGUUAUCUUUCAAAAGAUAUGGCAGGAGAUGUUAGAUAGGGUCUCUAGUGAGCAGGAGAUCUACCAGAAUCAGCUGAAAGACAUGAACUACCUCAAACAGGAGAAUAGUCACCUAGCAACCAUCGCUAGGCAGAUAGCACCCUACAUCACCUCCAUCGACGCUGUCACCAAGCAGAUAGACCCAAGAUCAAGAUCAGCAAGCCCACACGAGAGUGAGGACGAGGGGUCAGAGGGCAACCCUCUGCACAUCACCAAGCUUGUACUCACCAGUAACACCAAGAACAGCAUCACUGACUCUGCAGAGAGAGACCCUGAUACAAGCCCUAGCCAGUCCCUCGUGCCACCUGAUGGUGAUACUGAUGCAUCACAUGACACCCCCAGCGCCGUGUCACAUGAUGUGGAUGGAUCACAUGACGUGCUGUUCCAAGGAGAUGGGGCGGAAGCGAAGAAGGCAUUUCAUCGGACCUUGAGCGAGCAGGAAGAGUAUGAACGGCUGCGAGCCAAGAAGAUUGUCAUGGAUGCCAUUAUGUCCGAGCAGUGCAAGGAAGCCCUGAAGGAUAGCGGUGUGAGCAAAGGUCCGGAGCCUGAUCUUCCUUGCGGAAGCGGUCAAAGGCCACAAGCUACAUGUAGCAAUGGUGUGGAGGAUGACCAGAAGUGCCUUGAUGCUGAUAGGAGGUUGACUGUAACCAAGUUGGACCUUGACGACCCUUGCGGAAGCACUCAAAGGCCGCAGUCGGGUAAAUGUUUAGAGGAACCAAAGAGCUAUGCAGAUGCAGAUAGGCAUGUGAAAGUAACAAACAGUUUGGACACCGAACAUUCUUGUGGAAGUGGACAAGGUCCUAAAGCAGAACAGGGUGCAGAGGAGACACAGAAAUGCGGCAAGGCUGAUAGGUUGUUGAAAGUUGUGGAUGUCAAUGGAAGCAGCAGUGAUUCGAGUCAUGACUUGGGGAUCAAGAAACAGAGAGUGAAACGCGAGAGACUGGGUGAUGAAGGGAUUGUCCAGACGACUGUGACUGAAGCGGAUGCUGAAGAGGGCAGCGUUUCUGUGAGUUCCCGCGUGAAACGGUUUAGCUUGAGCGACGACCAGGUGGAGAUGGCUCAGAAGCAGCAGGCCGGUGCCUGUCCUGGCUCUCCGCGCCCCCCUCCUCGGGCACAGAAGGACGCAAAGCGUGUGGUAGUCAAACCGAACGAUGCCGAAGUGAAGCAACGCUCGGUCAUGAGCGUUACAGUCACAACAUCAGAGGACACCUCCUCCACACACACCAGCACUCCCACUAGUAUUGAACAUUCAAAAGGAAAAGGACCAGUAACGGAUGAAACGGAGAACAUUGUGUUAAGGGUCAGGAAUCGAAGAAAAUUGAGAGAACAGGCCACCUUGGCCAAUAAUUCAUGAUUGCAAUAUGAUUGUCGUUGAAAACAAUUUAGAAAGCAAAGCCAAGAAUUCAUGAUAUCAAUACGAUAAUUAUAGGUUGAAGAAAAUUGAGAGAACGGGAUAAGAUUGUAAAGAAUUCUUGAUUGCAAUACAACUAUCGCUUGAUAAGAGUGUGGAUGUGCCUUCAGAAAUAUCUAAGUAUCUAUGCCUUGAAGAGGAUUACCUUUUUCCUUUAAACUGACAAGAACUGUUGUUAGUGUAAAGGAAAUGAGUUACAUUGUAACAGGAUCAUUACAGAUUUUAUAUAGAGAAAAAAACAAUGAAAUGUUUGUGAUAUUUGAUUAUUUAUUCAUAUGAUCUAUGUAUUUAUUUAUUUAUCAAAACCUAGCAUCAGAAGAAAGUACACUUUCAAGACGGAAUGAAUUCCAAACUGAUUCUUCAAUAGAAAGCCAGGCACAGUAAUAAUCAUCUUUCAUGAAAAUAUUAUGUUGAAUUGAUUCUCAGUCAAUUUAGUGUAUUUUUCUACCAUUUAGAAACUUAUUCUGAGUACUUUAUUCUUGCCUUGAUAGAAGUUAACCAACAUUUUCCUUGAAAUAGUACUAUGAACUAAUUUAAGACCAAUUACAUAUCAUAGGUUUUAGUUAUUAAUGCUUUUAAGCUCCAGGAGAGAAUUUAUUUAAAGAAAAAUUUCCACAGGUCCCAGUGUUUGAGAUCUCAAUCUCUGGGGAUAGCAGCUAAAAAAUUGUUUUUUUUACGGUUCUUAGUUGUGUUUUGUUUCUUGUUUUUUGUUUUUAAGUUGUUUAUAUUUUUUAUUUUUGUGAAUUGUGAUUUUUUGCAAGUUUCAUUGCACCAAGUAUUCAUUGUUGAAUCGAAUCAGAGGGUGCCAUAUUAAUAAAUUGAAAUGCAUGCAAGUUUCUUUGCCACAAAAAUGGUCAACAUUAACAAAUCACAAUGUUUCAUAUUGCAAAGGAGGGGGGAGGGGGUCACAUGUCCCGGAUUGGAUGGAUUGGGUAGCUGUAGUUGGUGAUUUGUUUUUGCUGUGGGUGUGGGCUUUAGAAUCAGUGAUGUUUUUUCUUAUACCAGAUCAUGUGAUAAAUAACGGGUUUGUUUGUUGUGAAAAGGUUUCGAACAAAUUUGUUUUCUUUCUAUAAAUUUAGAACCAAUGGUCCUUCAUCCAUGUCUAUGCAAUACUAUUUGUAAAGGGUUGUUCACAUAUGGCGAGGCUAACUGGCAUUUUUUAAAAUCAUAACACAAGCAGGUGGUGCUGCGGGAUCGUAUUAUCGUCCGUCUCUCAUGACGUGUCCUACUUACGAGAGACUUUUACCUCUCUUAAGUAUUCAAAGUCUCCGGUAUCUAUUUGUGUUUGAUAUUUAAUCAUGGUGGUAGGUUUUUUGUGUUCCAAGAGGAGGAGGAAGUGCAAAGAACGUUGAGGCGAGAGAGGGUUUCCGAGAUAGGUCCAACCCAUUAGAUAUUUAUAACGACAUAGAACGGAAGAAAAGGUAUAGGUUCACCCAUGAGGAAAAUAGAUUUGUUGACGGAAGACUUUGAAACUGGCACCAGAAGGAAUCAUGCAGCUCCUGGUACCCUUCAAGUGUUUAUAGCCCUCUCUUUUUACGGGAUGGGAGCUCUGUUUAGCAACACAGCAACAAUACAAGUUUAUGAAACACCCCCCUGGUUUGAUCAUACCAUGGACCCAUCUUUGUUUAUGGGUCCAUCUUCGUUUAUGGGUCCAUGGUGAAAUUAAUCAAAAGAAUACUCGUUUUCUUAUAUGUAAAAUGUCUUUAAAAGAUAAACUGCUGCAGUUUUCUGAGUCAUAUGUGAUCAGGCCAUAACAGAUGAUAAGACAAAGUAACAUUUUGUAGAAUUUCCUGAGACGUUGUAUUUGUUUUCAAAAUGUUGAAGUCAUAUAUAUUAUCUUUCUUGUUUUAGUCACUGAACAGCCUGGGACCUUACAAAGAAAGUGUUUUAAAAAAUGGAAAUUAACUUUAAUAUUCCAUUUGCCCAUUGUACCCAUAUUCAUAUUAUUUAAAGGAGUCUCCCUGAGAAAAAUAGAAUUGUCAUGAAUUUUGAA